AUGGGGCUGGGCGGACCCCAGGCCUGGCUGCUGGGCUUGCCCACAGCUGCGGUCUAUGGCUCCCUGGCCCUCUUCGUCACCGUUUUGCACAACGUGUUCCUGCUUUACUAUGUGGACACCUUUGUCUCAGUGUACAAGAUCAGCAAAGCUGCCUUCUGGGUCGGAGAGACGGUGUUUCUCCUGUGGAACAGCCUCAACGACCCCCUCUUCGGCUGGCUGAGCGACCAUCAGUUCCUCAGCUCCCAGCCCCGGUCAGGCACUGGGCUCUCCUCGAGGGCCGUGGUGCUGGCGCGGGUGCGGGCACUUGGCUGGCAUGGGCCGCUGCUGGCGCUGUCGUUCCUGGCGUUCUGGGUGCCCUGGGCCCCAGCGGGCCUGCAGUUCCUGCUGUGCCUGUGCCUCUACGACAGCUUCCUGACGCUCGUGGACCUGCACCACCACGCCUUGCUGGCCGACCUGGCCCUCUCAGCCCACGACCGCACCCACCUCAACUUCUACUGCUCCCUCUUCAGCACAGCUGGUUCCCUCUCUGUCUUUGCCUCCUACACCUUCUGGAACAAGGAGGACCUCUCUUCCUUCCGUGCCUUCUGCGCGGCACUGGCUGUUGGCUCCGCGCUGGGCUUUGUGGGGGCCACACGGCUGCUGAGGCGGCGGGUAGAGGCGGCUGGUAGGGAGCCAGGGUGUCCAGAGCUGGCUGCGGAUAGCGGCCUGUGUGGAGAGGAAGUGGGCAACAUCACCUUGGGCCAGUACCUCUGGCAGCUGGCGCAUCACCGGAACUUCCUGUGGUUCGUGCUCAUGGACCUGGUGCAGGUCUUCCACUGCCACUUCAACAGCAACUUCUUCCCGCUCUUCCUGGAGCAUCUGUUGGCAGACCACAUCUCCCUCUCCACCGGCUCCUUCCUGCUGGGCAUCUCCUAUGUCGCCCCCCACCUCAACAACCUCUACUUCCUGCCCCUGUGCCGGCGCUGGGGUGUCUACACCGUGGUGCGGGGGCUCUUCCUGCUUAAGCUGGGCCUGAGCCUGCUCAUGCUUCUGGCCGGCCCCGACCGCCCUGGCCUGCUCUGCCUCUUCAUCGCCAGCAACCGUGUCUUCACGGAGGGCACCUGUAAGCUCUUGACCUUGGUGGUCACUGACCUGGUGGAUGAGGACCUGGUGCUGAACCGCCGCAAGCAGGCAGCCUCGGCGCUUCUCUUUGGCAUGGUGGCCCUGGUGACCAAGCCAGGCCAAACCUUGGCCCCGCUGCUGGGCACCUGGCUGCUGUGCUUCUACACAGGUCACGAUCUCUUCCAGCAGCCCCCACUGACCCCUGUGGUGAGUGCCCAGCCCUGGCCAGAACCCCCGGCCCCACCCCCGGUUCAGGCCCCUACACUCCGCGAGGGCUGCUUCUACCUGCUGGUGCUGGUGCCCAUCAUCUGUGCUGUGCUGCAACUCUUCACCUGGUCCAAGUUCAAGCUGCAUGGGAGACGCCUGCGCAUGGUCAAAGCCCAACGCCAGAAUCUGUCACAAGUCCAAACCCUUGGCAUUAAGACAGUGUGA